AUGGCUGAUGCAAGAAACGUCAACGAAGAUGACGACACGGCUCGUCAAGAAGUAUUUAAUAAUAGGAUCACUGAGGUAGCGGAAGAGGUUAUACAAGCCAAUCUUCCGCGAAUAGCUCAAGAGGUAGAGAGUCGAGUGUUGGGGGUGGUAGAUGCCAUGAUGGCAAGCAGAAUCGAAGAGUUGAAAGAACUAAUUGAAGGGUCUAAAAGUAAAGGAAAUGAACAACGAUGCACAUAUAAAGACUUCAUGGCAUGUAAGCCUACCACGUACGAUGGUAAAAUCGAUCCAAUAAUGUGCCAAAGGUGGAUUUUAAGCAUGGAGGCGGUGUUUAAACGAAGUCGAUGUGAUAAGGAGGACCAAGUGAUGUUCGCUACGGGACAACUCACCUUUCAAGCGAAAGAUUGGUGGGAUGCUUAUAGUAAGGAGAUAGGUGAGGACAGACUUCAGACGAUGACUUGGCAAGAAUUCAAGGAACCUUUCAUGAAGUACCACUGCCCUCAGUCAGCCAUUGAUAAGAUUCAAGAAGAUUUCUUACGCCUCAGGCAGAAAAACGAAACGAUAAAUGAGAUAUCUGGUAUAUUCUUGGAUAAGAUGAAGUUUUGUACGGAGUUUGUACAAACUGAAAGAAUGAAGAUCAAUCGCUUUUAUGGCAUAUUGAAGGCAGAAUUCAGGGAAUUUAUCACUCCAUCGAAAUGCGAGACCCUCGACGAGCUUAUUAACUUGGCACGGGAUAGAGAGAUUGAGAUUAAAAGGCAAGAAGAGCGUGGUGAAAAGAGGCCAAGUGAAAAGGGUGCAAGUUCGAGUCCAUCAAAAAAGGGAAAGUUUCAAGAUCAUGGAAAGAAAGAUAAGUCAAAAGGUGGAAUAACUCCCUGCAAGACGUGCGGAAAACUCCAUACGGGAGAGUGUUUGUUGGGCAAGAAAGGAUGUUACAAAUGUGGUAAAGAAGGGCAUUCGUCUUAUCAAUGUCCAACUAGCCCGAAGACUUGCUUCAAUUGUUUCGAAAAGGGGCAUAUCAAAUCUGAAUGCCCAAAACUUCAACAAGAGUCCAGAAAAGAAGAUAAGAAGCAAGAAGGUUCUAGGGCAAAAGGGAGAAUGUUCCAAAUUACAUCUGAAGAGGCCAAGUCUCACCCGAAUGUGAUUUCAGGUAUCUUUUUACUAAAUUCCAUACCGGUUUAUGUUCUAUUCGAUACUGGAGCUACUAUGUCAUUUAUUUCGAAUGAAAUUAUACAACAUCCGUCCUUUAAGAUCGAACGAAUGCCAGUGCCUCUAGAAGUAGAAAUAGCCGACAGUAAGAUUUAUAUGUUACAUGAGGUUUGUAGAAAUUGUAAAUUCAUGAUAGAAGAUGAAGAAUUUGACAUCGACCUUAUACCUAUGGUUUUGGGGGAAUUUAAAAUGAUUGUGGGGAUGGAUUGGUUGGCGCGACACCAUGUGGAGAUUGAUUGUGAAAAUAAAGUGAUGCUUAUUCGAGCUCCAAGCGGAAAACAAUUAAGUAUUCAAGGAGAGAGAAACAUAGAGACCAAGUUGUGUACUUUGGUUCAAGCUUAUAAGUAUAUACUUAACGGGAGUAGAGCAUACUUAGCUUAUGUAGGAGAUGCCCGACAAACCCUCCCGAAGCUUGAAGACGUUGAGGUCGUGAACGAAUUUCCAGAUGUAUUCCCGGAAGAAUUGCCGGGACUUCCUCCCGAAAGGGAAAUAGAGUUUCGUAUCGAAUUAAACCCGGACGCGAAGCCAAUCGCGAAAGCUCCCUAUAGACUCGCUCCCACCGAAAUGCGAGAAUUAAUGACACAGUUGCAAGAUCUUCUAGAUAAGGGCUUCAUACGCCCAAUUUAUUCGCGAAGUAAAACUGAGCACGCAAGGCACUUGCGUGAAGUCCUCGAAACUCUCCGCAAGGAGAGACUUUAUGCAAAAUUUUCAAAAUGCGCCUUCUGGCUCAGGGAGGUGCAGUUUUUAGGCCACGUAAUCAAUGCGGAAGGUGUUUUAGUGGAUCCAUCGAAGAUUGAUGCUGUAAUGAGAUGGCUUCCCCCGAAAAGCCCGACCGAGAUAAGGAGUUUUCUAGGCCUCGCGGGAUACUAUAGGCGGUUCAUACAGGAUUUCUCAAAGAUAGCCCUACCCUUAACCAAACUGACGAGAAAGAAAGAAAAGUUUGAGUGGGGUAAGGAACAGGAAGAGGCUUUUCGUAUACUGAAGGAGAAAUUGUCGAGUCCUCCGGUCCUAACAUUACCAGAUGGAACUGAAGAUUUGGUUGUUUAUUCAGAUGCUUCCCACCAGGGGCUAGGUUGUGUUUUGAUGCAAAGGGGAAAGGUUAUCGCAUAUGCGUCACGGCAACUAAAACCCCACGAGGUGAGUUACCCAACGCAUGAUCUGGAAUUGGCAGCAGUAGUGUUUGCCUUAAAGAUUUGGAGACACUACUUAUACGGAAAAGCAAAUGUAGUAGCCGAUGCGUUAAGCAGAAGAGAGUACCCGUCUCCUAUCCGUAUCAAGUCCAUGAAGAUGAUAAUUACACCACGGUUACUCGAAAUGAUACGCGAAUCUCAAAUUAAGUCGCUUGGAGCAGAUGACAUAAAGAAAGAAAGGUUAAAAGGCGUGAUCGAUAAACUAGAAGAAAAUUCGACCGGACUCAAGACGCGCUUCGGCCGAAUUUGGAUACCCCGAUUUUGUGAAGUCAAGGCCGCACUACUCGACGAAGCACAUAAGUCACGUUAUUCGGUCCACCCUGGGGCUACAAAGAUGUACCGAGAUUUAAAAACCAAUUAUUGGUGGCCGGGCAUGAAACGCGAUAUCGUCAAGUAUGUUGCAAAAUGCCUAACGUGUUCUCAAGUGAAGGCGGAACACCAAAAGCCCUAUGGGGAAUCUCAACCAUUGGGGAUACCGUUGUGA